AUGAAGAAGGCGGCGAAGGAGAUCUGGUGGAAAUGGCGGCAAAAUCCGAAAGACGUAUACACAAAGGAGACUGACAGGAAGGGGAGAAAAAAAAACUGCACACACAGGCUAAAAGAAUGUGUGAACAGAUUGUUCUUAGCCGUCUCAGACGGUUCGUAUUGGAAGCCGACGCAUAUCUCUAUCAAUCAAUCAGAAUUUGUUCGGGCCGGCUUUUUUUUAUACCUACGUAUCUCGAUUAGGAUUCAUAUCUAUCUAUCUAUCUAUCUAUCUAUCUAUCUAUCUAUCUAUCUAUCACAGUCGGUUAGUAACAAACUAUCUAUCUAUCUAUCUAUACAUGUUCGUGCGUAUCUAUUUAGACGUCACGGGUUAUAUCGAUUUCAAUCUUUACAUAUCUAUCUAUCUUGUUGGCUAGAUAUCUCAUUUCUUUUAUUUCUAUCUAUCUAUCUCGACCUUCUUCUUUCUAUCUGUCUCGACCACUGGUCAUAUGUAUUUGUUUUCAUUAUCUAUCUAUCUAUCUAUCUAUCUAUCUAUCUAUCUAUCUAUCUAUCUAUCUAUCUAUCUAAUUCAUUUCUUUUGUUUCUAUCUAUAGCAAUCUGUUCAUAUCUAUCUAUCUAUCUAUCUAUCUAUCUAUCUAUCUAUCUAUCUAAUUCUAUUCAUAUCUAUCUAUCUAUCUAUCUAUCUCAUUCUGUUCAAAUCUAUCUAUCUAUUUCAUUUCUUUCGUUUCUAUCUAUCUAUCGCAAUCGGUUUGUAUCUAUCUAUCUAUCUAACUAUCUAUCUAUCUAUCUAUCUAUCUAUCUAUCUAUCUAUCUAUCGCAAUCGGUUUGUAUCUAUCUAUCUAUCUAUCUAUCUAUCUAUCUAUCUAUCUAUCUAGACCAUUCUGAUCAUAUCUAUCUAUCUAUCUAUCUAUCUAUCUAUCUAUCUAUCUAUCUAUCUAUCUAUCUCAGUCUGUUCGUAUCUAUCUAUUUAUAUGUCUCUGGAAAGAUAUCUAUUACAAAGGUUUCAUAUCUAUCUAUCUAUCUAUCUAUCUGA